AUGAAGGGUUUCCAUAUGUUGAAAUACACUUUACCUGGAGAGUAACCAAUUAGUUUGGUAUUAUCAGAAAAAGAUAGAGGGAAAUUAUUUCUUGGAAAUUUAGAUUGUUUGCAUAAUUAAUAAAUUUUGGAAUCCAAUAACGUAAAUUGUGUAUUAUCAAUUUGUACAGAAGAAAGUAAUAUAUAUUAAAAUUUAGAAAUCAUGGUUGGUCCAAAAUAUAAAUAAAUUUAUUUAGAUAUUCAUGACAAUAUGAAUUCUUAAAUCAGUAAUGUUUUCGAAAGAUCUUUCCUCUUCAUCGAAAAAGCAUUGAAAUCUCAAUAAAAUGUUCUUGUUCAUUGUGCAGCUGGCAUCUCAAGAUCAGCUACUCUAGUUUUAGCCUAUUUAAUGAAAAGUUAUCAAUAUACUGUAGAACAAGCUCUAAGAUAUCUAAAAUAAAAAAGACCAUAUGUAAGACCAAAUCCAGGAUUUCUACUUUAAUUACUUGAUUAUGAAAUGUAAUAAAAUAUUAUGAAUUUAGAAUGUUACAUGGAUGUAUAACAAGCAAUUUAGGACCAGAACUUACACCUUUUGAUAUUUAGAGGGAUCCUUAAUAUAAACCUUAGCCUAAAGUAGAUUUAAGGAAAAGUCUUCCACUUAAAUAAGUUCCUGGUCCAUCUCCAAUAGCAAGAGCAGAUCGUAAGACACAUACAGAAAUAUUGACAAGAGUUUCACAAUCUAUAUCUACAUUUUAGCCGAAAGCCUUUAAGUCAUGA